CAGCGCGCUCGCGUUUGAAGUCGUGCUGCCCGGUUACAGCGCGGAGCGCGCAUCAACCCCGCACGCGCCGCGCUGGUUUAAGGGCGGAUCGGGAUUUUUUUGUUUAACGCGGCUUUUCUGGAAUUCCGCGUCUGACCGGGAUUCUCCCGCUCAUCCUGGUUUUCUGCAACAGCUGGCCAGACGCGGUCAUUUACCGGGAUCAUUCCGUUCGUUUCGCGGCAUAAACGCCGGGCGCUUUUGUGUUGAUGCAAAUGAUGCCUCCGGUAAACGCGCGGCGGGGAGAGCGGCGCGUCCGUCGCUCGCGCUGAUGACAAAAGCGGACUCCGGCGAUCAGAGCGCGCGAUAGAAACAGAAAGAAGGAACGUUCACCGGGAAGGACAAUGUCUCUCAGCAGAAGCAUCGAGCUCGAGCACUUUGACGAGCGGGACAAGGCGCGCCGCUCCAAACGCGCCGCUGCCGGGGGGUCGGGCUCGCGCGCGAGCAGUCUGGUCCCGAGCCCCGCGCACAGCGCCAACUGCAGCAUCUACCGCACGCGCACGCUGCAGGCGCUCAGCUCCGAGAAGCGCGCCAAGAAGGUCCGCUUCUACCGGAACGGAGACCGCUACUUCAAGGGUCUGGUGUACGCGGUGUCCGGAGACCGCUUCCGGUCCCUGGACGCGCUGCUGGCCGAGCUGACGCGCGCGCUCGCCGACAACCUGCACCUGCCGCAAGGUGUGCGCAACAUCUACAGCGCGGACGGCGCGAGGAGGAUCACGAGCCUCGAGGAUCUCGAGGAAGGCGAGAGUUAUGUCUGCGCCUCAAACGAGCCCUACAGGAAGGUGGACUACACCAAGAACAGCAACCCUAACUGGGGCUCACGGCUGGCGGGGGCGGGGCCCGGCGCGGGGGCGGGGCCUGGGGGCGGAGCUGGACGCACAGGGGGCGGAGCCGAGCGUCCGGGGCCUCAGCGCACACCUGGAGAGUCGAGGGAGGCCAAAGACUUCAUCAAACCCAAACUGGUGACGGUGAUCCGGAGCGGGGUGAAGCCCAGGAAGGCCGUGAGGAUCCUGCUGAAUAAGAAGACAGCACACUCGUUCGAUCAGGUGCUCGCAGACAUCACCGAAGCCAUCAAACUGGACUCCGGCGUCGUGAAGAGACUCUACACGCUGGACGGGAAACAGUUGACAAGUCUGCAGGAUUUCUUCGGUGAUGAUGAUGUUUUCAUUGCGUGUGGAUUGGAGAAGUUUCGUUACGCUCAGGAUGACGCUGCUAUCGGACACGCGGGGAAGGGUGCCGCGGCUGCGUUUGUCAAUGAGUGUAAGAAAUCACGGCCGUCUGUCCCACCCAAGAUGACCAAGAGCUCCGGAGUCCCGCGCUCAAAAUCACCUGUAUCAGCCAAUGAGGCUCCGAGGAGCGACUCUCCACCGAUGAGGUCAUCGCAGUCGCCCUGCAGCCCUGCAACUCAAUGCAGCCGGAAGACGUCCGAUCAUGAAGCGUCUUCAUCCCCGACCAGAGACCUCCACGAUGAGGAGGUCCUCAGUCCAGAGGUGAAUGGAAAUGAAGUUCAUUCGUCUGUCAUCACUGAGAAGUAUAAAGUGGGGAAGGUGAUCGGCGAUGGAAACUUCGCUGUGGUCCGAGAGUGUGUGGACAGGUCUACAGGACAGGAAUAUGCGCUGAAGAUCAUUGACAAGGCCAAGUGCAGCGGAAAGGAGCACCUGAUAGCCAAUGAGGUGGGGAUAUUGCGCAGGGUUCAUCACCCCAGCAUCAUCAUGCUAAUAGAGGAGCUGGACACGCCCACUGAACUGUACCUGGUGAUGGAGCUGGUGAAGGGCGGUGAUCUCUUUGAUGCCAUCACUUCCUCCACGAAGUACACAGAGCGAGACGCCAGUGCCAUGCUGUUCAACCUGACCGGAGCACUGCGAUACCUGCACAGAAUGAACAUCGUACACCGAGACAUCAAACCAGAGAACCUGCUGGUACACACACAUUUUCUCUUGCACUCACUCACUCACCUCACACACACUCACUCACUCACUCAC